CGGGACCCGAACGAGCAGAUCUCGCGUGCGCCCGCCGCGCGCGCAGCCCCAGCCCGGCCCCCGCCCGGCGCCGCGAGCCGAGGUGUCUCCGCGCCCGCGCCCGUGUCGCUGCCGUGCCCGCGAGCGGGAGCCGGAGUCGCCGCCGCCGAGCGCAGCCGAGCGCACGCCGAGCCCGUCCGCCGCCGCCAUGGCCACCACGGUGACCUGCACCCGCUUCACCGAUGAGUACCAGCUCUACGAGGAUAUUGGCAAGGGGGCUUUCUCUGUGGUCCGCCGCUGUGUCAAGCUCUGCACCGGCCAUGAGUAUGCGGCCAAGAUCAUCAACACCAAGAAACUGUCGGCCAGAGAUCACCAGAAGCUGGAGAGAGAGGCUCGGAUCUGCCGCCUGCUGAAGCAUUCCAACAUUGUGCGCCUACACGACAGCAUCUCCGAGGAGGGAUUCCACUACCUGGUCUUUGAUCUGGUCACUGGCGGGGAACUCUUUGAAGACAUUGUGGCAAGGGAAUACUACAGUGAGGCUGAUGCCAGCCACUGCAUCCAGCAGAUCCUGGAGGCCGUGCUCCACUGUCACCAGAUGGGGGUUGUCCACAGGGACCUCAAGCCGGAGAACCUGCUGCUGGCCAGCAAGUGCAAAGGGGCCGCAGUGAAGCUGGCUGACUUCGGCCUGGCCAUCGAGGUGCAGGGAGACCAGCAGGCAUGGUUUGGGUUCGCGGGCACGCCGGGCUACCUGUCCCCCGAGGUUCUUCGCAAGGAGGCCUAUGGCAAGCCUGUGGACAUCUGGGCGUGUGGGGUCAUCCUGUAUAUCCUGCUGGUGGGCUACCCGCCCUUCUGGGACGAGGACCAGCACAAGCUGUACCAGCAGAUCAAGGCCGGCGCGUAUGAUUUCCCGUCCCCCGAGUGGGACACCGUCACUCCCGAAGCCAAAAACCUCAUUAACCAGAUGCUGACCAUCAAUCCUGCCAAGCGCAUCACGGCCCAUGAGGCCCUCAAACACCCAUGGGUCUGCCAACGCUCCACAGUGGCCUCCAUGAUGCACCGGCAGGAGACGGUGGAGUGCCUGAAGAAGUUCAACGCCCGGAGGAAGCUCAAGGGGGCCAUCCUCACCACCAUGCUGGCCACACGGAAUUUCUCAGUGGGCAGACAGACCACCGCUCCGGCCACCAUGUCCACCGCCACCUCCGGCACCACCAUGGGGCUGGUGGAACAAGCCAAGAGCCUGCUUAACAAGAAGGCUGAUGGAGUCAAGCCCCAGAGCAACAGCACGAAAAACAGCACGGCCAUCACCAGCCCCAAGGGGACACUGCCUCCCGCAGCCCUGGAGCCUCAAACCACCGUUAUCCAUAACCCUGUGGACGGGAUUAAGGAGUCCUCUGACAGCACCAACACCACCAUAGAGGAUGAAGACGCGAAAGUCCCCAGGAUCUCUGACAUCCUGAACUCCGUGAGAAGGGGCUCGGGCACCCCCGAAGCUGAGGGCCCCCCUCCCUGCCUGUCUCCAGCUCUCCUAGGCCCCCUGCCCGCCCCGUCACCCAGGAUUUCUGACAUCCUGCACUCAGUGAGGAGGGGCUCGGGCACCCCGGAAGCCGAGGGCCUUCCGCCCGUUGGGCCCCUGCCCUGCCCAUCUCCGACUCUCCCCGGUCCCCCGCCCACCCCAUCCCGGAAGCAGGAGAUCAUAAAGACCACAGAGCAGCUCAUCGAGGCCGUCAACAACGGCGACUUCGAGGCCUAUGCGAAGAUCUGCGACCCAGGCCUGACCUCGUUCGAACCUGAAGCUCUUGGUAACCUGGUGGAAGGCAUGGACUUCCACCGGUUCUACUUCGAGAACCUGCUGGCCAAGAACAGCAAGCCCAUCCACACCACCAUCCUGAACCCGCACGUGCACGUCAUCGGCGAGGACGCGGCCUGCAUCGCCUACAUCCGCCUGACGCAGUACAUCGACGGGCAGGGCCGACCGCGCACCAGCCAGUCGGAGGAGACACGCGUGUGGCACCGCCGCGAUGGCAAGUGGCAGAAUGUGCACUUCCACUGCUCGGGUGCGCCUGUGGCCCCACUGCAGUGAGAGCCAUACCUGGUGUCACCGGACAGUUGGUGUCGGAGCCUGGCCGCCGUGGGCGCGGCCUGCCUGUCGCAUGUUUGUGUCUGCCUCGUCCCCUCCCCUGGUGCCUGUGUCUGCAGAAAAACAAGACCAGAUGUGAUUCAUUUUCAAAACUAAGAUGACAGUGACAACCACAAAAAAAGAAAAAAGCAACAAAAAAAAGGACAUUGGAUUAAAUGGAAACAAAAACUAAAAGAAAAUGCUGUAUAAACCACUGGUGUUCGUGGAGCCACCCCCACCCAGCUCCACGAGCCCCGGCGGUGGCGGUGUGGACGGGGUUAGCUUGUCCAUUGCACGGCUGCGCUGCUCCCGGCCAGCCAGGAGCCGGGCAGGGCCAGCGUGUCCUGGGCCACUGCCUCCCGCUCGCUCGUGGUGCCUGUCAGCUGCUCUGCUUCCUCUCCCCACCUCCCUCCUGUGAAGGGCUGGGCGUGGGCGUCCACGGAGGGCCCUCCCCGGCCCCUGGACGGGCCCCCAUGGCCAUCAUCAGCCCAGGCAAGCCACCGGGAACCCUGCCGGUUGCUGCUGGCCUCGCUCCUGUUUGGUUCCCCACUCCUUUCCCGCCGCUCAGCAGCACCCCGCAGCCCUGCUCUCCGAGUCGCAGAGGGCAAGUGGCAAAGGCCUGGGGGUCCCUGAUGGAUGCUGGGGCCAGGCUGGUGAGCUGGGUGCCCACCUGUAGGUGGUGCCUGGCAGCUCACAGCUUGGUUAGGUGACACAGUGAACGGCAAGGAGUAGGCUGAAUGGGGGCUGCCAGGCUCCUGGGCAGAGCCAGGCAUAGGGCUCCCGCAGGGAUGUGAUGCUCUGAGGAGCAGAAUCCGCAGCGGGAGUGAGGGUGAGGAACCGACAGGAGGGUGAGGACAGACCCUGGCUGCUAGUCCAGCACCCCUGCAGGGGGAUGGAAUGCUCUCUAGGGCUCUCCUCAUGGUGGGCACUAAGAGAGACUGGGGACAGAGAGCCUGAGGGGAUGCGAGGGGUGCAGGUUACAGGAGCCCUGAGUAUGGAGGUUCAGGGACUACUGCCCUAAUGCCUGCCUGCCCGCCCACCCGCUUGGAAUGUGCGUUGUUCUCAACACGUGUUUUCUUUCUCUUUCCCAUAAAUGAAGCCAAGGGUGGGCUGCAGAGCUGGAACAGGACACAGGAUCCUAAAUCCCAAGGGACUGUCCAGCCAAGACAGUGGGUGCACCCCCACCAUACACAGGGUAACACCUGCCAGGCCCCACAUCUGUGGCUGCCUAGCCCCGGGGUAGCAGCAGUGCUCACCACGGACAGCGUGUGCCCCCUGCGGCUGGUCAGCCUGGCACUCUGAGGCCCCCUCUUCUGCCACUCCACCCAUUUUCUCCACGGAGCUGCCUGUCUGGGAUAUUUUGGAAAUUUUUUUCUGGGGGAUAAUUCUUUUGCAUGACCCUUCAAGAGCAAGCCCCACAUGCUCUGCUAGCUAGGUGUUGGCGGCGUGGCAGCACUGGCCACCUGCUGGCACUGCAGGUCGUGCUGCCCGCAGGGCCGGCCGUUGUCCCCCCCUCCUCUUUUUGCUCAGUUUCCUUGUCUUUUCUUUCUGAGCCUUGUAAGUGUACAAAGAUUCUUAUUUUGUUCUGUCUCGGGAAACUGCAAAUAAAAACAGGACAAACUGC